CACUUAUUUGAGUGGUAAAAUUUCACCGUCGAAGAUGGCCUCAUCGUCUAAGCGUGCUGAAAUGGCUUUGGAAAAGAUAUUUGACGAUGAAGACUCCGCUGAUGUGAUGGACAGUGGAGGAGAAAGUGAUCUGGACCGGCAGGUGGAAAAUGAGAGUGGGGAUCGAGAAGUUGGAGAUGACGAGCGGCCUAAGGAGGCUAGCGCUUCCACCAAGGAACCCAUGGCUCCUGUUGCUGGCCCCUCUGCUCCUUCUGCUGCUGCCAGUCCAAUUCCCCCUGUGAGUUCUGCCGCUCCUUUUGAUUUUAAGGAAAUGUUGCUGACAUGUUAAUGAUUUACUUCUGUUAUCAAUUGAUCUUAAGUAACCUAUACCUAUGAGGAAAAGUGACUUUAACCUCAAGUUUUACACAAUGUCUUCCUUAUUUUGUCUUUUAA